UCGGCUCGUGGAGUAAGCAGUCAAGAGAGACUUGGACUAGAGUUAGCCACACGGUCCCCACGCGAAGGACACGAGAGCUGUACACUGCCAACCGUUUCCACCCUUCCUCUCCGUCUUGUCCCCACUGUUAGAGGCAGCGCUCGCCCCUCUGCAUCCAUCACUGCAGGAGAACUGUCAACGAGAUGGAAACUACAACCAUCACCACCACGCAGACGGCAUUCGCCUUUGGACUUACUGAAAGACGCGCCACCCUCAGCCUGCACGCCCCGGCGCAGGACUGCACGGUCCCCGAUGUGCACCCCAACGCUGCCAGCACUGCCGGCUUCCAAAGCAAAACCAAGGUGCUGAAGAGACAGCGCUCCAGCUCGCCGGAGCUCCUGCGCUGCAAGCGGCGCCUGAGCUUCAACGGCCUUGGCUACUCCAUCCCUCAGCAGCAGCCCGUGGCCGUGGCCCGGCGGAACGAAAGAGAGAGGAACCGGGUCAAACAAGUCAACAUGGGUUUCCAGACGCUGCGUCAGCACGUGCCCAACGGGGCCGCCAACAAGAAGAUGAGCAAAGUGGAGACGCUGAGGUCUGCGGUGGAGUACAUCAGGGCUUUACAGCAACUUUUGGACGAACAUGACGCUGUGUCGGCUGCUUUCCAGUGCGGGUUGCCAUCCCCGACACUUUCCAACAGCUACUCCGCCGACCCGGAGUCGCCUCACUCCACCUACUCAUCCGAUGAAGGUGGUUAUGAGCCUCUGAGCUCCGAGGAACAGGAGCUGUUGGACUUUACAACCUGGUUCGACAGGUACUGAGGCUGACAGCAUCCAAACCACACAGCGGCGUCUGUGCGUAAAAGGCGGCUCUUCUUUCAGAAAAGCUGACACAGACUUAGGUAAAGGAAUCAGAUCGGUCUUGCCCUCCGUGCUUGUAAGAGAUCUGUUGCCUCCCCGCCUCACCCGGGCUGCUUCUGCAGGAGCAAAGCAAUAGUGAGAAAGAGAGAGGGAGUGUGUGUGUGUGAGAGAGAGAGGGAGCCUCUUGUUGCAUGAAUAGUCGCCCUGAAGUCCUCACAAGGAGGAGGGAGUUGGACUCGGUGUCACGUUGACGCGUGGAAGUAAGGAACUGUUGAUGUUAUGUUUGAAUAAGUGCAAUUAAUACGUGACACAGCAGGCUCUGCAGAGACGGUGCUGCAGUUCCAGAGGACUUGUUUGAUGAGUGUUUCAUCAGAGCAGGACUGCCUUCCUCGGCUGCCACGUCCGUUGAGAAGGCACAACACAGCAAAGAUGAUGCGUCAAAAGACUUUUUUUCGUGAUGUACAUUUCCACCCUUUCAUAACAAAAUUGUACCAUACAACAAAUUGUUUUAACAUGAAGACAUAUUUUUGUACAUUGAGUCAAAACAAACAAUGUUCUUGAACAACAGUCACUGCCACUUUUCCUGAUGGUGUUUUGAGAACCAGCUGUCAUUGUGGCAGUGAGUUGGCAUGUGUGAGUUGUGUGACUGGACAGCAAUAUCAAGACUACUACCUGUGACUGACUGUAGUUGUUUUGUUAUUUUUGAAUAGGUUGCAAGGAGAUCUUUAUUAAUGUAUGCACUUGUUCUCCGUUUCCCGUAGCCUACAAUGUAAAUAUUCGAUUUUAACAGAUAUAUUUUGUGUAAAACAAGUUUUAUAAAUAAAUAUGAAUCUAUUUAUAUUA